CAAUGGACAUUCAGACACAUAAUCAUCCAUUCUUUAUUCAUUUCCUCAGGUCCCCAUCUUCAUAAUAAUCAACCUCGAUCAUUGUCUUGUUAAUUAAUCUUGUUUGUUCGUACUUGCUAACAUGCGCUUUUAGCUUUGUCACUCACUCGCUUUCUUAUCUUGUCUGCUUUUGUGUUCCCACCAUUGAAGCAUAUGCUUCACUUUAUCCUCUUCAUCAUUGUCUCUAGAUUACCAUAUCUUGUCACUUUCGUCUCCUUCAUUUCAACUUUGUCACUUAAAAAGCAAAUUAGCUUCUUGAAAGUUAUAAACAAGAAAUGGAGUCUUGGAGAUAUAACUCUAUGAUAAAAGGUUUUGCAUCUGAUCAAUCUCUUUCAAGUGCUGUUGCAUUUGAUAAUCAAAUCUUUUGGGACAACAAUUUUCAACCAUUCAUGAACAAUUCUGCUUCUCAGAAUGCAUUUUCUGAAGAUCCUCAGUCUAAGUCUAGACAAUCUGGAGUCAUUGAUCUUAAACUAGGCAGGAUUAUGGAUCAAAAGGAUGCUCAGAUUUCCCCAACUUUGAGUUCGAGUUUGUUAAAAAGAUCAGAACAGAAAGGUGUUUGCUCUUCGACACCUUUCUGCAAAGUUUAUGGUUGUAAUAAGAAUCUUAGCAACUGUAAAGAAUACUAUAAACGGCACAAGGUUUGUGAGGUUCACUCGAAGACUUUGAAAGUGAUCCUGAACGGCGUCGAACAAAGGUUCUGUCAGCAAUGCAGCAGGUUUCAUUUGGUGCGUGAGUUUGAUGAUGGGAAGAGGAGUUGUCGGAAACGACUUGCUGGUCACAAUGAGCGGAGGAGGAAACCUCAAGUGGGUCAACGACAUGGAAGAUUGCUUCCAUCAUAUAAUAAUAAUAUUAGUGUUGAAGGUAACGAGUUUAAGGAAUUUCCAGGGGCAAGAUCGUCUUUUCCAAUCCCUAAUAAUCAUCACAGUCCAUAUCAACAAAUGCAAGAGAGCAAAGUGAGGUGGGAUAUGAAUCUUGAAGACUGCAGAAGUGCUCAUGAUCUUCAAUCAACCAGCAGCAUUACAGAUGAACAAUUGCAUUCAACAUCUGUUUCUCCUAGUAACUUUAAAACGAACCCGCGAUUCAUCAACGAAUGCACUCGGGCCUCUGUCUCUAGUCCUGGGAGUGCUCGCUCUCUUCUGUCAUCUCAGUCCAUGAGUACUUCUACUCAUUCCUCGAGAAUCCACACGUUAAACUUGCAAGUGCACCCCGUGUUUGUGGCCAGCCAUGAUUUAAACCCCAUGGUUGGAUUCCAGGAUGAUAAUCUAAUCAGAUUUGGAAUUAUGUACUAUGAUGAAGAGGUUGUUCGCAACGAAAGUUGUAUGAUCGAUUUGUUUCAGUUAUCGUCACAGCUUGAUAGGGUGGAGCAUCAAAAGGGAGAGUCACAAGUGAGCUCUUCUUCAUGGAUGUAAAUUGAUAAGUAAAGAUGGUAUUAUUGUAAUAAUGUUGCUUCAAUUAGUUUUAUCAAAUGUUUCCAGUCUGGCCAGGUUUGAAAACGUAGACUAACUCGAAUUUAUA